AGACCUAGACGAGAAACCAACUACCGAGACCGAAGAUUCUCGCUCAAGACCAUCAUGCUCAUCGUUGACCAGGCCAUCUCGCGUAUCCAAUACAUCCAUUCGAAGGGCUUCCUGCAUCGCGAUAUCAAGCCAGACAACUUUUUGAUGGGGCUCGAUAAACAGGGAAACCCUCUACACGAUUGAUUUUGGCCUCGAGCGUUGCAAGGAUAUGAAAGGCGUCCCAUUGGACGGCACUAGGCGGUAUGCAAGUAUCAACAACCACAACGGCCGUGGUAGGUAUUUUAUCACAAUGCUACCCGUCCGCUUGCGAAUGCGCAGGAAGAACAGUCUUGGGGAGAUGGCUUGGAGUCCCUUGGGUACGUUUUCGUGUAUUUCGCUCGGGGCUCGUUGCCAUGGCUGGGUCUGAAGGCUGCUAUGAACGACGAGAAAGACGAGCGGAUCAAGGAGAUGAAGGAGGGCCUGUCGGGCGAAGCACUCUGCGACGGCUUUCUCCCUGGAGAAUUUGCCGAAUACAUCGAUUACACUCGGCGCCUGACUUUCGAUGACAAGCUUGACUACUCGUACCUUCGCCGGCUUUUCCAUCGCCGAUUUCGAUCGAAAGGGUUCGAAUAUAACCACGUUUUCGACUGCACUGAGAAGUUGUUCGACGAGAUGGAGAGCGAAGUCAAUCCCACGGCGCCAUUGACGCAGAGGUCACAGAGAGCCCCAAAGACAAAGAUGUCGGGGAAAGGCCUACGAUGGAGAGGUAUCGCCUCGGUACGCAACCAUCGUCAUGGAGUGUCCGCCCGAAGUUAUGCUCCAGCGGUUGACCAAGCGGGCGAUGUCAUCAAACCGGGAGGAUGACGCCGGAAACAGAGCUAAGAAAAGGAUUGAUAUUUUUACACACUUGAUUGUGUCGGUUCAAUUGCUGAGUUUCAGGCGGCGUUCCAGAGCUUCAUAGCGAUGGAAAUAGAGGCA